AUGUUAGGAAAUACAGUAGACGGCGAUGCUCUUCGCCGCACCCAAUCAUCGAUGCACCAUCAGCAACAACCUAUAUCACAACAGACAGUCGAGGGUGGACAACAAACCACUUCAAGCAGCAACUCCUCUGAUACAGGUGUCGUGCAAGAAGGAAAAUGGGGCGAACGCGGACAAGAAGAUGUCACUUCGCAAGAAGCGAUGCAAGAAUUCGAAUCUCUACGGCACAAUUUGAUGAGCUUGCACAAGACAAGAACCACAGAAACUCACGCCAGCAGAGCAAACGCGAGUAGAAGAGCAAGCAAUGCUGCUCGAGUUGCUUCAUCAAAGCAUCAUGUUGAUGAUGACGAGUCGAAAACCGACGUUGAAGCUGGCCCCGAAGAGAGUGAAGGAUUCGAGCUGGGCCGAUUUAUGCGAGAAGGUCAUUUCGAAAAGCGAUCUGAGGAAGAAGGUUCCUUGAAGCGAGUUGGAGUUGUCUACGAGAACUUGACUGUCAAAGGUGUUGGCAGUACAACAUCUUUCGUUCGAACUGUCCCUGACGCCAUUCUUGGCACAUUCGGCCCCGACCUCUACAGGAUAGUCUCUCGAUACAUCCCAUCGCUCCGUGUCGGAAAAUCACCAACCCGAACACUGAUCAACGACUUCACCGGCUGUGUUCGGGAUGGUGAGAUGAUGCUUGUCCUAGGACGACCUGGCGCUGGCUGCAGUACAUUUCUCAAGGCCAUCAGCAACAACCGCGAGUCUUAUGCCGCCGUCGAAGGAGAAGUAUCCUACAGUGGCAUUUCUGCGGCCGAUCAGAAGAAGCACUACCGCGGAGAGGUCAACUACAAUGGUGAAGACGAUAUCCAUUUUGCUUCUCUAAGCGUAUGGAAGACUCUUGCCUUUGCCCUCAAGAACAAGACCAAGGUCAAGGAGAAGGCCGAUAUUCCCGUCAUCGUGGAUGCCCUCUUGAAAAUGUUUGGCAUCAGCCACACAAGAGGUACCGUUGUCGGCGAUGAAUACACUCGAGGUGUUUCUGGAGGUGAACGAAAGCGUGUCUCCAUUGCAGAGACAUUAGCAUCCAAGUCUACUGUUAUCGCAUGGGACAACUCUACCCGAGGAUUAGAUGCAUCGACCGCCCUCGAUUACGCGCGAUCGCUUCGCAUUAUGACCGACAUCAGCAACCGAACCACUCUCGUCACUUUGUAUCAGGCUGGCGAAGGCAUCUACGAGCUGAUGGACAAGGUUUUGGUAAUCGACCAGGGCCGCCAGAUCUUCUCUGGCCCUGCCAAUAAGGCUAAGCAGUAUUUCAUCGACCUUGGCUUCGAAUGCCCCGAGCGACAGACAACUGCCGACUUCUUAACCGCCAUCACCGACCCGACCGAGCGACGCUUUAGACCUGGUUUUGAGCACCGCGCUCCUCGAACACCCGAAGAACUAGAAUCAGCAUUCCGAAACUCACCAAACUACCAGGAGCUCCUGGCUGACGUUGCAGCUUACAAGGAGUCGCUGCACCAGUCGGAUUAUCAAGAUGCGAAGAGGUUCCAGGGUGCUGUUCAGGAGUCCAAGUCAAAGCAUGUCUCAAACAAGUCCCCCUACACAAUCUCGUUCCCCCGACAAGUUCUUGCAUGCACCAAACGAGAGGCCUGGCUGCUGUUUGGUGACACCACGACUCUUUGGACUAAGCUUUUCAUCAUUAUCUCGAACGGUCUUAUUGUUGGAUCUCUCUUCUACGGACAAUCUGAAGAUACUGAAAGUACUUUCAGCCGUGGCGGUACCAUCUUCUUCUCGAUUCUUUUCCUUGGUUGGCUUCAACUCUCUGAGCUGAUGAAGGCUGUUUCUGGGCGUGCUGUCGUUGCUCGUCACCAUGACUAUGCCUUCUAUCGCCCGUCCGCGGUUUCUCUCGCUCGAGUCCUACUUGACUUCCCUGUUGUCGGUGUCCAAGUUUGCAUCUUUGGUCUCAUCAUGUACUUCAUGACAGGACUCGAUGUCGAUGUUUCGAAGUUCUGGAUCUAUUUGUUGUUUGUCUAUACCACGACUAUGAUGAUUACGGCACUGUACCGCAUGUUUGCCAGUUUAUCCCCUGAGAUCGACACCGCUGUCCGAUUCUCUGGCAUUUCACUGAAUCUUCUCGUCAUUUACACUGGAUACGUUAUUCCCAAAACCCAGCUUUUGAAAGAUUACAUCUGGUUUGGUUGGAUAUACUGGAUAAAUCCCAUCAGCUACAGUUUUGAGGCUGUCUUGACCAAUGAACUGUCUAACAGGCAAAUGGAAUGCGCACCAUCUCAAAUUGUUCCCCAGGGCCCAGGGGCUCAGUCCGGAUACCAAGGUUGUGCUGUCAGUGGCGCAUCUGUCAACGCACAGUCAGUUUCUGGAAGCGACUAUCUUCAAGCAGCAUACAACUACAGCCGCUCGAAUCUCUGGCGAAACUUUGGCGUCGUCAUUGCUUUUGCCGUUCUCUACAUCAUCGUUACGGUCGUGGCCACGGAGUUGGUCAGCUUUACCGAAGGUGGCAGUGGUGCCCUGAUCUUCAAGAAGAGUCGUAAGGCCAAGGAGCAAGCUCGUGAAGCUGAGGCACCUGUUGAUGACGAGAAGACUGUUGGAAAUGGCGCCAGUAACUCUUCCGGUGUUGUGUCUGAUCCCAAUCCAGGCAGUGAGGAAGAAGCUUUGGAGCAAAUCACAGACAGCGAGUCUAUUUUCACAUGGCGAGAUAUUGAGUACACUGUUCCUUAUCUUGGCGGCGAGAAAAAACUCCUGAACAAGGUCAGUGGCUAUGCUAAGCCAGGUAUCAUGGUUGCCCUAAUGGGAGCGUCGGGUGCUGGAAAGACAACACUUCUCAACAUUCUCUCGCAACGUACCAAGGUUGGAGUUGUCACGGGAGAGAUGCUUGUGGAUGGACGAUCUCUCAGUACAGACUUCCAGAGAAAUACUGGCUUCUGUCUUCAAGGCGAUCUCCACGAUACAACCCAAACUGUCCGAGAAGCCAUCGAGUUUUCUGCUAUUCUGCGACAGGAUGCAUCAGUCAGUCGUGCCGAUAAGCUUGCAUACGUGGACAAGGUCAUUGACCUUCUUGAGCUUAACGACUUGCAAGACGCUGUCAUUAUGUGCCUUGGAGUCGAGCAGCGCAAGAGAUUGACGAUUGGUGUCGAAUUGGCAGCCAAGCCAUCACUUCUUCUCUUCCUUGACGAGCCUACCUCUGGUCUGGACUCCCAGUCUGCCUAUUCUAUUGUUCGUUUCCUCCGAAAGCUGAGCCGAGCUGGUCAGGCAAUCAUCUGCACUAUUCAUCAGCCAAGUUCCGUUCUUAUUCAGCAGUUCGAUAUGGUCCUUGCUCUGAACCCUGGCGGUAACACAUUCUACUUUGGACCUAUGGGAGAGAACGGACAAGAUGUUGUCAAGUAUUUCUCCGAUCGUGGUGCUGUCUGCCCUCCUAGCAAGAAUGUUGCUGAGUUCAUUCUGGAGACUGCCGCUAGGCCUCAUAGGCGACCGGACGGUACCAAGGUCGACUGGAACCAGGAAUGGGCCGAAAGCGAGGAAGCUCAACAGGUUCUUGAAGAGAUCGACGGUCUCAAGCGAGUUCGAAGUACUGCAACAGAAGGAGCAACAUCCGACAACAAGGAGCACUCCGAAUUUGCUGCAUCAGCUUGGGUGCAGACUGUCGAGUUGACAAAGCGCAUGUUCAGGCAACACUGGCGCGACCCUUCCUACAUCUAUGGCAAGCUCUUCACAGCAGUCAUCAUGGGAAUUUUCAACGGUUUUACUUUCUGGAAACUCGGCUACACGAUGCAGGACAUGCAGAACCGCAUGUUCACCUGUUUCCUGAUUGUGACAGUUCCUCCUACCGUCGUCAACGGUGUUGUUCCCAAGUUCUUCACCAACAUGGCUCUUUGGCAAGCUCGAGAGUAUCCCUCUCGUAUCUAUGGCUGGGUUGCUUUCUGCACAGCUAACAUUGUUUCUGAUAUUCCUGCCGCCGUGGUCUCAGCAGUUCUUUACUUUGUGCUAUGGUACUGGCCCACUGGACUGCCAACCGAGAGCUCUGUCUCUGGUUAUGUGUUCUUGAUGACUCUCCUUAUGUUCCUCUUCAUGACAAGCUGGGGUCAAUGGAUUUGUGCUUUUGCCCCCAGCUUUACUGUCAUCUCUAACGUCUUGCCGUUCUUCUUUGUCAUGUUCGGUUUGUUUAACGGAGUCGUGCGCCCUUAUGCCUCACUCCCAGUCUUCUGGAAAUACUGGAUGUACUAUGCAAACCCCUCGACAUACUGGAUUGGAGGUAUCCUUGCAGCCACUCUGGAUGGCGCUCCCGUGGAAUGCGCAUCUGAGGAGACUGCCAAGUUCGAUGCUCCCUCUGGCCAAACCUGUCAAGAAUACGCGGGAUCUUUUGUAAGCUCUGCUGGCGGUUACCUUAUCAACCCAAGCGCUACGAGCUCUUGCGAAUACUGUCCGAUCUCUUCUGGUAAUGAUUAUCUUGCCUCGCUCAACAUCAGCGCGAGCGACAAGUGGAGAGACUUUGGCAUCUUCCUUGCAUUUUGUGUAUCUAAUUGGAUGCUCGUGUACUUCUUCAUCUACACAGUCCGUGUCAAGGGCUGGAGCUUCGGUUUUGGCAAGCUGUUUGGCGGUUUGGGCAAAUUGGUUGGCUUGAUUAAGAAGCCAUUUCAGCGAAAGAAGGGGGAAUAA